UUUCACUGGAAUUCUAUGCAUGUGUGUCGUUUACGUCAACCAAUUUGUGUGGUUGAAAUCGUCAUUUCAAAUUAUCCAAUGGUCUGAGGAAACUAACAAAUUCAUGUUGCAGCCGAAUAAUCAGAGAAUCUACUUUCACGAAACGAGCGGACGGAACUAUUUAACUUUACGACAAACUUGUGCUGUUGAAUCGGCUGCCAAAGAAAAUCCGGAUCGACCUAUCCAGCUAAUCAUGCAGGAAAAUUCAACUAUUGAUCUGCACGGGAUUUGGCUAACCAUCUUAUCGCAUUAUCCAAACGUUGCCGUUAUUGUCAUCAACGAAGCGGAUUACUUUCGCAAUACACCGCUAGAAGCGUGGUAUACAAAAGGCGAAUGGCGCUAUAGUCCGCAUAAGCUGGAACAUUUUGCAGACUAUAUCCGAAUGCUGAGUAAUCUUAAAGGUGGAGGUUUGUAUAUGGAUUUGGAUUUCGUUACAAUCAAACAACUGGAUGUAGACAAUUUCUUGGCCGUCGAAGAUGCUGCAGUUGAUCAUCUCUCCAACGGGAUUUUCCAUUUUGAUUACGGGCAUCGCCUGAUUAGGGAAAUUGUUGAACAACUAGCAGCCGGUUACAAACCGCAAGAAUGGAACGCCCAUGGGCCAGCUCUCAUUUAUUCCAUUAUGUCGAAGAUUUGCAAAUUCAAGAAAGGCCAGCCGCUUUCCAACGAAUGUACAGAUGUGGCUUUGAUGCCUUAUAAUUUCGUUUACCCGAUACAUUGGCCUGAUUGGCAAGUUUACUUUCAAAAAGCCACUAGGAAUAUUAUGCAAUGGAUCAACGGAAGCGUCGCCGUACAUGUUUGGAAUAAAAUGUCGCAUUCGGAGCCUCUUCUCUUUCAUUCAAAUCAAGUCUAUUCGACAUUGGCUUCCAGGCAUUGCCCUCUAACCGUCGCCAGAGCUGAAGAAUUUCCUACUUCGUAAUUUUCGUUACCAAUUUGCUACUCUCUG